UUCCGGCACUGGCCAGUAUGGACGCCGCGGAGUCCCGCAGGGAGGCCGGGGACUCGGAAGAAGAAGCCGCGGAGCAGGAGCCCGUGGAGGGCGGAGAGCCGGGGGCAGAGGCGGAGGAGGAGCAGGAGGAGUGUGAGGAGGCGUCUGGCGGCGGCCGGAAGCGGGUGGUGCCCGGGAUUGUGUACCUGGGCCACCUCCCGCCUCGCUUUCGGCCUCUGCACGUUCGGAACCUUCUGAGCGCCUAUGGCGAGGUCGGGCGCGUGUUUUUCCAGCCCGAGGACGGGUUCGUGAAGCGCAAGAAGAAGAAGGCGGCGGCGGCGGCGCCCGGCGGGAAGAAGCGGUCCAAGUACAGCAAGGACUACACCGAGGGCUGGGUGGAGUUCCGGGACAAGCGAGUCGCCAAACGCGUGGCCGCCAGCCUGCACAACACGCCCAUGGGCGCCCGCAGGCGCAGCCCCUUCCGAUACGACCUGUGGAACCUCAAGUACCUGCACCGGUUCACCUGGGCGCAUCUCAGCGAGCACCUGGCGUUCGAGCGGCAGGUGCGGCGGCAGCGCCUGCGGGCCGAGGUGGCCCAGGCCAAGCGCGAGACGGACUUCUACCUGCAGAGCGUGGAGCGGGGCAAGCGCUUCCAGGCCGCCGCCGGCGACGCCACCCGCCCCGAUGGCUCGUGGGCUUUUGCCCAGCGCCCCACGGAGCAGGAGCUCCGGGCCCGGAAGGCAGCGCGGCCGGGGGGCCGGGAACGUGCCCGCCUGGCCAAUGUCCAGGAACAGGCCCGCUCGAACCGAGGCCUCCUCGCCAGGAUCUUCGGGGCCCAGCCGCCUUCGGACACCGCACAGAAGCCUCGGGUGACCGACUCCGCCACCCCCUAGCCCAGCGCUGUUUCC